GUCUAUUGUUUGUAGUUAAUUAGCUUUUCGGUAGAGAAUACGUGCAAUUAGCCUCUAGUGAUGGGAUCAAGGAUCAUAUAGAAUCGAAAACGCAUAAAGAAGAGUAUCGAAAAGAUGGUGGUGCAUGCGCAGAAAACGUGGCGCGCAGCAAGUCGCAUUUUCACAAGCAGUCGGCCUAAAGGCGUCGCAGAUCAAGCACGCGAAAUACGAGUCGUUCAGUCCUCGGCAAAAGGACACGAGGUUUCGCGGUGUCGACGUUAUUCCUAGAUAAGUGUUCUUAAAAUCCUGAUAACUAAAUUAAAAGAUAAAUCAAAAUAAAUUAUAACUUUCAUUUACCAAAUAAUUAUUUCGAAAUUUUAACACGUGUUUAAAACCAAUCGAAACGUUCGUAAAGUAAAUUAAAUUUGUAAUCGUACAUACAUAAUAAUGAAUCAACGCUUUAAUAGUUCUAGCUUAUGAAUAUAGAUUCAAAGAAAGGUGAUACGAUCAAUCGUCUGUGGAUAAGACAAACUUCGCGAUACGGGAAAUUCGAUCGUGAAGAAGCAUCUCGAGAAGAACUCGAACGUGACUCGACUCGAAAGAACAAGAUCGGCAAACUUCAGGAUCGACAAACUUUCUUAGAUACACGGACAUGGCACGUCAUCAAGCCAGUGACGAGAAAUCAAUGUAUUCUCUUCGAUCUUCCCGCGAUAUCGCGUUCAUUUGAUUAAACGAAGACAUGUGCAUAUUGUCGUGAAUUCGAACGAUCUAAAAUCUAAAAUACGCAUGAGAUCGAUUUUAAGUGCAAAUCAGUGAAACCGUUCUCUGCCAUUAUUACAAUAAGAAAUUUAUUAAAUGAAAUUUAUCCGUCAUCCAUUUAUCGAUAACGUUGAUAUUUUAUGAAUAAAUUGAAGAAAUUUCGUUCAUAGAAAACUUUUAAAACAUUAAUCGUGAUGUGUCUACAAAUUAUCCAUUGAUUUAUUCGAAAAACUUUUAUAUUUAGAUAUUCAACGAUCAGUUUCUAUUAAUAAAUCGAUUUUUCGUAUUAUCGAGUGAAGUUGGAGAGAGUUCGAUCGAUGGAACGACCAGAGGAUUUAGUGUCGAGAAAAAUGUGCAGAAUGUGGUCAGUUUCCAACAUAUAAAUUGUCUACCAGUUAAAACACGAAGAUCGAGAGCAAAAUGUCGGUCGAAGUGAAGGGGGGUCGACCAACAAUGCCAACAAUUCCACAAUCCAAGAGACCAACGAUUUUCGUUUAUCCCACAGUAACUCCAGAGAGCAUUAUCAUCCCGAUAGUAUCAUGCAUACUCGGAUUUCCAUUACUGGCCCUUAUGGUCAUCUGUUGCUUAAGAAGAAGAGCAAAGUUAGCGAGAGAACGUGCACGAAGAAGAAAUUGUGAUCUAGAUCAUGGAGCCCUUAGUCUCGUUCGUUUUAGCCCUGUUCAUCGUUUAGCUGGAAUUGAUCGUCCAACAAGAGCAGUUUCGUUGCGAAGUGAUCGAGGAUCUAGAGCUUUCCCAUCAUUAGAACUAGACACGGUGGUCGAAGAACGAUCGGAUCCUGAACAAAGUACUGCAUUGGAAUUGAGUAGUCCAGAUUAGCAUUCAGUUUUGGUACCGCCUAGGUAAGAUUCUUAUUCUUUAUAUGUAUUAUAUAUUGUAAUAAAAACAUUUCAUUUUUAUUUCUAUAAACUAAACGAGAGAAAAAAGAAUUACAUAUAUUUUUUAUGACAAAAGCACUAACAAUAAAGUUUGUUCUUCAUUGAUUUGUCUUCAGAAAAUUUUUAAAAUUUUUACAUUAUUGAUACGAUAUCUUUGUUUCAAAUUGUUAUCUUUUGAAUAUAUAUUAUGUAUCAUAAAUUAUUUAUAUGAAAAAAAGAUAUGAAAAUAAAAAUUGUUUAUUAUUAUUUGCAGGUCUCCUCGACCAUCGAAAUCGGUACCAGUACCAGUAGAUCAUAGCCCUUUAUGGACAGCAUUAACACACGCUAAUGCUGUAUCUUCAGCUCUUGGAGAUACCUAGCAGGAAGUUGAAGAGGGUGGUUACAUCGAAGCUCUCGUUCUUGAUUUACCUAUAAUCUACUAAAAAACUUAUAAUAAAAUAAACAUUUUGUGAAAUUAGCAAAAAGUAUGAGAUUGAUCUCAUUUAAUUUCAAAAAACUGAGAAAUUAUAAAAUUUAUCAUAAAAAGUGCCGCAAUAUUAAAUAACAUUAAGUAUAAAGAGACAAUUAUAUAAUAGAAAUCUUAUCUUUACAAAGAAAUUUUGCACAUAUACUUAUUCAAAAUUAAUGAGUAAAUUUUAUACUGAUAAAUUGUGCAACAUUCUAUUGACAGAUCGCUUUUUACAUCAUGAAAAAUUCCUAAUAAUGUACACUGUGUUAUAUUAGUGUAAAUAAGAAUUUGUUAAUAUAAUGUACAAAUACAAAUACAAGUCAUAAUGUGUAAAUAAAUGCUUAAAAACCAUCGUACUGUCUGUAUAACACUACAUUCAAUUUUUAUGAAAUUCAUGUUAUAACAUAUACAUAUUAAAAUUAAUUUUCAUAUUAUUAUUAUUAAAUAACAAUGUAGAUAUAUCACAUAAAUAAGAUAAU